UGUUGUUGCAGUUUUCAGGCAAGUGAUGGAAGCUUACACGAAGUUUCUGAUGUGUGAUGAUGGCAGCCAUUUGAGACAUCUUUGUCAUUAUUGUUUUACACCUAGCACACUGAUGGAGAACUGGUGUGGACUGCUGCUCAUAGAGCCGUACAGCAUAAAAGAAGAAGAGGAAGAGAGGGACCUAGUAGCUUGGACCAGUCCAGAGAACCAGCAACUCGAUGUGAAUGAAGCGACUGAGAUCAAGGAAGAAACCGACAUCAAGGAAGAGACUGACAUCGAGUUUUCGGUUCCUUUGAAGAGUGAAGACGAUGACGAAGAAAAGCCUCUGUCCUCACAGCUUCAUCAGCACCAGGUCCAGGACGGAGAUCUUCCAACCAGCAGCUCAGCCGAUCAGAUUGGCGUUGCAGCUAAUGAAGAGGGCCCGGAAGAAGCAGAAACUACCGUAAAUCCAGAUCUAAAUACUCACAAAAAUUGUGAAUCUCAGCAGAAGAACACGUUACAAAAAAAGAAAACAUCGAAAUCUAAAGGCCCUAACAGAGACAGUUCAAUGUCUAAGACCGGACUCGGUGAGGAUAAUGUAAAUAAAAAAAAUUGUGACUCUCAGCGGAAGAACUUGUCACAAACAAAGAGAGCCUCAAGCUGUAGCAAAAAGUUGAAGAGGAGCAAAGCUCCCGAGUCAGAUGUAAACACAGUCGAGGAGUCUUUGAGCUGCUCUGAGUGUGGUAAGAAGUACGUCAGCGAGCGAACUCUUCAAAAACAUGUGUCAUGUCACCUCGGAGUGAUAUCUUCAAGCAGUUUGGUUAACGAGAAAAACUUUAGAGUGAAGAAAACUACAGCGUCAAAAAGCAAAGUCCAGACAGAACCAGAGUUAAUGAGAUGUGAUGACUGCGAUCAAACUUUUACCAACAAAAAAGAUCUAAAGGCACACAUGCGAGUCCACAGAGAAGACAAACCAUUUUCUUGUGAUACUUGUGAAAAGAAAUUCAGCCGUAAGUCACGUUUAAACGCCCACUUGAGAGUCCACACCAACGACAAAACAUUUACUUGUGAUUUUUGUGAAAAAGCCUUUAAACGUAAGUCACAUUUAAUCUCCCACUUGAGAGUCCACACAGAAGACAGAACGUUUACUUGUGAGCUUUGUGGGCAAAGCUUAAACUAUAAGUCGAGCUUAAUCAGCCACAUGAGAAUCCACACGGGAGAGAAACUGCUUUCUUGCGAUGUUUGUGGACAAAAAUUUGGUCACCGGACGCAUUUAAAGAACCACAUGACGAUUCACACAGGAGACAAACCGUAUAUUUGCGAUGUUUGUGGACACAGGUUUAGCCAAAAGGCGACUUUAAACUCGCACGUGAAAAUGCACACGGGAGAAAAACCGUUCCUCUGCCACUUUUGCGGCAAAAAAUUUGGCCACAAGACGAAGUUAAACCGACACGUGAGAACCCACACGGGAGAGAAGCCGUUUCCUUGUGAUGUGUGUGGACAGAGAUUUAGUCGAAAGGCGCAUUUGAACUCGCACAUGAGCAUCCACACCGGAGACAAACCGUUUUCUUGUGAUGUGUGUGGACAAAGAUUUAGCCACAGGACAAGCCUAAAAUUCCACAUGAGAAUCCACACAGGAGAAAAACC